GACAAAUGAAGACAUUUCAUUAGUAAAAGAAAACAUGUAUGACUGGUGUUGUUUUCUGUAAAAUAAAGUUGAAUUUAGUUGAGUUAUAAUAAAAUAAGUAUAAAUAUAGAGGAAUCUGUGAUAAGGUCGAAAGCUCGCAUAGCAAAGAAGAAAGUUCACAAAAUAAUUAAGGAAAAAAUGACUAACAAGUACGAUGCAUUAAAACCCUACGGUAGUGAUAGCGAUGAUAGUGGCGAUGAAGGAACUGAUUUCGAUGUUGACAAGUUAGAGCCCUUAGACGUUGGCCCAGGAGAACACAAAUUGCAGUACACCUACUGUUUAUGGUUUGGGAAAAAAGGCUCGCACCGAGCUGCGGAGUAUGGAAAAUCACUUCACUUUGUUGGGCGCUGUGCCAGUGUUGAGCAGUGGUGGACAUUGUAUUGUCAUCUUAUAAAACCAACGGUUUUGAAUCCCUUCCGCAAGCUACAUCUUUUCAAGAGUGGCAUAAAACCCAUGUGGGAGGACCCAGGAAAUAUACGCGGUGGCAAGUGGGUUAUCCGCCUAAAAAAGAAUAAAAUUGAUCGAGCUUGGGAAAACGUAUGCAUGGCAAUGCUGGGAGAGCAAUUCCUUGUAGGACCCGAGAUAUGCGGAGUAGUGCUAUCAACACAAUUUCCAGAAGAUUUGUUAUCCAUUUGGAAUAGAACGGCUACCGAUACCACCAGUACAAAUCGGAUUCGUGACACGUUGAGGCGAAUUCUUAACCUACCUCCUUCGACACACAUGGAAUACAAACCACACUGCGACAGUCUCAAGUACCUUUGAAAUUGUAGCUUACAAAUCCUGCUGUCGAGUCAUUAUUUGCUGUUUGCUGUUUUUUUCUCGCGAUAAAAUAAACAACUCAAAAUUUGCUAGUUGUGACAGCUAAUGAUUGAUUA